UUUACUGGCUGCUGUAUAUUUAGUUAGUUUACUGGCUGCCGUUAGCCAUAUCGUCAAUCCUAUUGGUCACACAAUGCAGUUCACUGGCUGCCAAUAUGGUAAUCAUGAGAUAUCCGUGGUACAAAAAAACUCAAUGCAGUGGCUCUACUGUAUGUUCUCUAUAGUGUGGUUUGGCCUUGAUAAUUUGAAAUUUAUAGUUGCAUAAUACUGCAGAAUUCCAUGGUACUUUUAGUAUAAAGUGAAUGGCUUGAAUUGGGAUUUGGGAAGUAUUGUUACAUUAUUAUUUGUAAGUGCAGUUCAUCCACACAUAGUAAGGAACCGAAGGAUUUUUGAAGCAAAGAUUAGUUACUGGAUUUUUGUAAGAGACAAGUUGUCACAAGUAAGAUAAUAUUUGAACAUGUAUAUUUAAGCUCAAUAAAUUACUUCGUUAGUUUUAUGUUAAGACAUUCAUCUGAUAUAAUAUUGUUUGAUUAUCGAAUCGAAAAUAUCGAUGAAAAUUUUCUAUGUCGAUUACAGUAGAUUAUAAAAUCCAAUAGGUCUUCCGCUAUUAUACCUCUUGCGGGCUCAACUAUUUUCCCGCGCCAACUUUAUUUGGUUCUGUUUUGUGAUGGAACGUUUCAAUAUGGACGGUCAACUGGUUUUAACGAAGUAUUUUAAUGCCUCAAAAUCACGUCCAGUCUUGCAUCCUGCAAAGCGGAGGAAAAUUGAGACGGAGAACAAUGUUGCACAAAAAAUACUGGCGAACUCAGCCGAAGGCAAAUGCCAAAUAGAGGUAGAGAAAAAUGAAGUCAAACAGAAGUCCGAGGCGAGGGUUGCUAGUGGAAUCACAAGGAAAGUUAAUCGCUCGCGAAGUAAAGGUAGAAAGUCAGUAAAAAGGAAGAAUUUCGAUAAAUCAGUGCAUAGUGAUGUAAUGUUUAUUACAACGUCGGCAAAAGACGAUCACGAAAGCCAACGGUCAAGGAAGCAACUUCAACCGAUGUUAAAGAAUGGCUUGGAACCUAAACGACAUGCAGAGAAUCGUGCUAAAGAACCUGCUGGCAAAGGCGUUUCAAUUCCAGAGAAAAAGUGUCAGAAAGAAGAGAAUGUAUCUCAUCUGAAUGAGAGUGUUGAUGACUUGAAACGAAAUACGGAGGAUAGAAUAGAUUCCAUCAAAGAACCAUCUGUUGAUGUAUCAUCAGUGAAGGCAAUCAUCAACAACAAACCUCGUAACGACAUUAAAGUGAAUCCAUGGAUUGCGGAACAAGCUAAGCUGGUGCUUGCAAGCAGGGGAAAGCAGGCUCUGGAGAAGAGUCUGCAAAAGAAGAAAGAUUCUGCUACAAAGAAGAACGACGAAGUGAUUGUUAAAGAUGAUAAUAAAUGCUUGUCAAAAGGCAUUCCCAGUUUCAAGAACAUCAAACCAACAAUUGAAGUACCUAGGUUGAGUAAAGAAGCUGCCAUGAAAGCUGAAAAAAUAUCACCAAGCAGUGGAACCAAACAUCCGGCCUACCAAAGGUUUGGUCACCUUCUUGAAGCUAAGAAACCAGAAGCAGACCAAGCCACCCACAACCUACCCCUCCCUUAUCAUUUCAAAAUGCUUGAAGAAAUGUUCCGAUGUGUAGAUGUUGUUCUCAGUUUGAAACAGAAACGUCACGAGUCAUGUACAUUUGAGAAGCUCAAGUAUUCUGUACAAGAAAUGACUCGAAAAAAGUUUGAGAAAAAGCAUUUGGCACAAAUAAAGACUAUUUAUCCUGAUGCCUUUGUGUUUCGACAGCAAAGCACUUUGGUUGAAGGGAAGAAAUCAUCUUUUCAACUGACGAUCAGUUUGAAUCUAAACGGAAAACACGCGAAAGAUGUUAAAUUUGUUGAAAGUUUCGUUUUUACUGAAAGACUAAAGCACUUUAAGAAUAAGCUUUUGGAAGUCACAAUGGAACAUCAUCAAGAUUAUUUGGCAAAAAACUAUCCAAGAUUGUGUGUGAAGAAUGUGGAAAUCAUGCGAUGGCACCCGUGCUUUCCACUCGAUAAAAUACCAGAACUUGAACAGGCAGCAUUACCUCAACCCCCACAAAUGGAAACAUUCACUUCGGCUAGAGAUGUUUUGGAUAAGGCCAGACUAAACAUGUCUCCCAGGGUCGAGAAUGCUUUAAAGAAUGUUGCACAAUCAUCGUUGGAAAAGAACUCUGAUAAUACCCAGUCAAAGACAAAUAAAUUUGAGAUGAACUCAAAUCAAGCAGCUAAGAGUCACAAUCCAUCUCUGAGAGGGGUUUCACAAUCUCUUAUUGAUAAGAUAAGACUGAAAGAAGAGAAAAAAAUACAAGAAGCCCUCACGGUCGAUUCGGAGGUCGUUAAAAAACGCGCCAUGCUGCAGAGAUUACCAGAAUUUUCUAGGAUUUUAAAAACAUACUUUGUUGGCGAACGUAAAGUUGCGAUUCCAUUGGAAGAUGUUAUCGGAAAAAUCGCAGAAAGCUUCACAAGUACGAUGUCAACAGUUGAAGUGGAGAAGCAUGUUAGGCUGCUCUGCGAAACCCUUCCCGAAUGGCUUUCGAUUACGCACGUAAGAAAGUGUCCUUACGUCAAGCUGAAGAAGAACGUCAACUUUAACAGUCUUGUCGAGAAGUUGAAGGCAAAGGAAAGAAACUGACUGUUGUGCCUUCAUCGGUUGUCUUGCUCGACAAGCAUCCAAGUAUUUUAUACGGACUAUAAGAGUACUUUACUGUUUUGAAGAAAAUCAUCUCUGCCAUAGAAAAAAGAAA